AGCAUCGUUCUACAGCGGAUUCAAGGUGGACAAAGAAGAUAUUGUAACAGAGGAAUCAAGUUCUUCUAAAUUACCCCCACCAGUACCAAUAGUCAAUUCAAGCUCAUUACUACCCAGUCAGCCACUGGAUGUUCUCUUUAUCGAAAGAAAGGGUGAGUCCUAAUCUAUAUAUGGGGGGGGGGGUGUACACCAGCCAGAAAAAUCAGAUCUCUCCAUCCUUCCCAAAUUCCCCCAUCAAUAGUCGAUACCAACAAUCAAUAGACCUUUAUAAAAAGGUUGACGUCAGCAGGCUUGUGACGUAGUUUGCGCAGGAAAUCCCGAAAGCUCAGAGUUGUUCACUUGUUUUGAGUUUUUUUAAAGCAAAAGAAGCCAGUAUUAUUGUAAGUUUGAAGCAAAUUUUUCUAUAUAUAAGCCAAAUGAGUUUUCAUAUUCGUCUUAGUUUAAAUUUUAUUUGCUUUUAUAUUAGAUUGUACAUUUAUUUUACUGUCAACAUUUAGCAAAUUGUUCGCUCGGUUUGUUUACAUAUUUCGUAGCUAAAAAGUAUAUUUUUUCUUUUUUGUUUCUCAAAUUCAUCAGUCUAAUCAUCAGAAUGGCCCCAAUCAAGCUGUACAUAGACAGCAAUAAUACACAGGCUCAGUGAUUGUGCAAAGAGGUCUUAUUGUCACAAGUGAACUUAGACUCUGAGUACAUCUUGUACACAAUAUUGACUCGUAUUAAGACUGAUAAGUCUAUUAUUUUUGUCGAUAUAGUUGACAGAAAAGGACGUAUCCGGGUCAAAAAUUGGCAAGGAUAUUGAAAAAGCUACCAAUUUCGGCUGAAGUGUAGAGACUUAAAGUUUAAAUCUUCAGAAACGAAAGCGGAGCUGUUUACACUGAUGAAUUUGAGAAACAGAAAAGAAAACCGAGCGAACAAUUUGCUAAAUGUUCAUAACAGUAAAAUAAUGUACAAUCUAAUAUAAAAACAAAUAAAAUUUAUACGACGAAUAUGAAAACUCAUUUGGCCUAUAUAUAUGGAAAAAUUUGCUUCAAACUUACCAUAAUACUGGCUUCUUUGGCUUUAAAAAAACGCAAAACAAGUGAACAACUCUGAGCUUUCCGGAUUUUCUCCGCAAACUACGUCACAAGCCUGCUGACGUCAACCUUUUUAUAAAGGUCUAUUCAAGGUCAUUGCUAGCUGCCCAUCAGCCACAGACUUGAUAUUCUCUUCAUUGAGAGAAAACGUGAGUCAUAAUGUUGAAGGAUUUUGUAGAUGGAAAUUUUGAGUGUAAAUUUUAUACAGGGUGCCUAAAAAAAAACGCUAUGGAAAUUCAACAGACUGUCGUGCAUCAUAAACUUGGCUAAACAAUUCAAUUUUUACAUAGGACGAAAAAGCUGUUAUUUAGCUUUUCUAUGAUACCUUUUUUAAAUCGUAACGAUGAGAAAUGGCCACAUACUCGUCAAAUAAAAAUUGCCGGUCGAAAUCACAUUCUUCCACCGUUGCGAAUUGAAAAUCCAUUAAUUAUGCAAAAUUAAUCAAUCAAAAGUAACGCGAGUCUGCUGCAAGCUAUUUGUUUCGUAAAACGUUUUGAUUGCGAAUGUUCUCUGUUCAGUGGUUAAUUGAACCAUGUUUAAUGGACGUUCCUACUGUCUCACUAAGACGAAUAUUGAUGAGUUGAGCUCAUUUUAGAUAAUUUUACAUUCAAUUUUAAUUCCCUCUUGGGAAUCGACUAUUUUUCGUUUUCUAUGCAAUUCCCAACGGUGGAAAUAUGUGAUUUCGACCGACAAUUUUUAUUUGACCAUUUUGACGAGUUUGUGGCCAUUUCUGAUCAUCACGAUUUUAAAAGAGUAUCAUUGAAAAAUUGAAAAGCUAAAUAACUGCAUGUUCUUUCGUCCUAUGUAAAAGGUGAAUUAUAAAGCCACGUUUAUGAUGCACGACAGCCUGUUGAAUUCCCAUUGCGUUUUUUUGAGACACCCUGUACAUUUAUUAAGACCUAACCAGGAAGUUAAAGAAACAGCUACGAAAAAUGCAACUAUAUAUAAGCCCUCUGGCAGGAAUCAAACUUGUGGUCCUGCUAUUCUGGUGCAGCGCUUUAAGCAACUGAGCAACACAGUCCAGUUGUCGAGCUCUAGCUGCAAGUUAAUCAGAUUCUAUAUGUUUACAGUAAUGUGAUGUCCAGGGUGCGAUAAUUUGCGUACUUACCACUGAUCAAGAAAUACUUACGUACUGGAGAUACGCCAGUAUUACGGUCUGGUACUUAUGUUUUGUCAGCUACGUACGCCAUACUCUUCUCAUCUGCGUACUUAACUUUUUGCUUGUACCAUUUGAUUUUUCCAAGCCCAAGUUAUUCAAGACCAUAACUUAGUCGGAAUAUGUGCAAGUCUAACAUGACUGGGCAUUAAACAUGAUUGGACUAUGAUGAGAUGGGACUAAGGAAUGUUAGACAGGGUUCGUAGCGGUCUUUGAAAUCCUUGAAAGUCUUUAAAUUUGAAUUCAGGUCUUCUGAGAUCAAGGUCUUUGAAAAGUCUUUGAAUUGUGUGAAAAUCUUUAAAUUCUUUAGUGAGUAUUUGAUUAUACGAUUUCCUAGCUAAUAAAAUAGAUUGAUUGAAGCAAGAUUUUCGCAAAUAUCGACGAAAAUGUAUAUUUUAGGAUGUGAUUUGACAUGACUAAUUACUGGGUAAAAAUGGGGGUUAUACACUCGCAAUUUCUCGACAGCUGAUUGCUCUCAAAGGUCUUUGGAAAGUCUUUGAAAAUAGGCAGAAGAAAUCUUUUAAAGUCUUUGAAUAUUUUUGGUCUUGGAGACUACGAACCCUGUUAGAGUCGAUCGCAGUGUUUGUGUCUAAAAUUGUGCCCCUUGAUCGAUAACACUAUACUAGUUUCAUGUUAAUGAAUCGUUUUCAGAAACCUGUACAUUAUGUACUUCAUUCUAAAGAUUACGUACACCUUGAGUCUUAAGUUUUUACCAGCUCAAGUACGCGGCAAUAAUCAUUGGAAUACCAGUCAGGUAGGACUAAAAAAUUUAAAUUAUCGCACCCUGGAGCCUGGAGGUGUACAGGGUAAUUAUCAAUUUUCAUCUACAAAAUCUUUCAACAAUUAGUUCUAUCUAGUGAGAUGCCCAAAAAUCUGAUACAGUAUUUACCCAUCAUUCAAUACUAUAUUGUAGUAUUGUAGAGCUAAACAUUAUUUGCUUGAAUGUUAUAAUUGUGUAUGGAUAUUAAGUACUGUAUACAUGUUUUGAAAUUACUUUUUUAGAUGGCGGGUUUAAGAAAGAACAAAAGAAUAAUCUUGCUCAAACAACUGUCAUAAAUCACCAAACAUCUGUUGACAUUCCAAGAGAACCGACAAUCUCAGAUUUUGCAAUGGUUAGUGAAAUAUCUAUUGUGGAUUUUUUGCUGAUAUUGGAUUAUUGCACACCGGGCAUGUUGAAAAAUCGCUUGGUCGCGAUGAGAAUCGAGCCAACUGGGGCCGUUGCCAGGACUUUGCCUUUGGGGGGGGGAGGGGGGUGAGGUUAGAUUUACCUGAAUUUUCCAAAACAACGGUUUUCACCUGAUUUUGCGACGCCCGCGAGGCGCCACCAUCGAGCAAGAAAAUUUGAAUUCUCUAAACCGUCGGAAAUGGCAUUUUUAUUUUUUUUUUCAUAAUGUUUUACUACUGCCUAACAAUGAAGAUAAAUAAAAUAACUACUGAUCAAUAUGACAGUGUUACUUACAGUUCAAUGUGACUGGGAAAAUUGAGAAAAUUUUGGAAAUUUGGAGUUUCCAGAUCGUCAGAAAGGGUAUUUGGUCAUGUACCCCUAGGCGACGACGCGUCUGAACUCUGAACGUCUUUAAUUAGUUGGUCGAUUGUCAGCUCUAAUUCCGAUUCAGAGCACAGAGCUCCUUUUUAUGCCCUGAGAAUUACCUGAAAAUCUGCUGGAAAUUUAUUGGGGUGUGUUGCACCCCCCACGUCCCCCUUGUCGCUACGACCCUCAUCGAGCCCGCGACCUUUGGUUUGCUAGUCAAACCUAAAUGAAGCAACUUUUGUUCCCGCGGGUUCGACUCCUACCCAGUGAGCUCCAUAUGUAACUGGAAUGAGAACUGGAGCUACUGGACGUCAAUUUAGUCAUUUUCUAUUGUUUUUCUGUCUGCGCAGUUAACGCAAAGCUGCGUGAGUGUGCCGAAAUUUCGUAGUUUUUACCUCGAUUUAAAGAACAAUACUAUGUCUAUGAUUAUAUUCAAUUUAUUUUCUUAUUAUAUCAUUACACUAUAUCAAUCUAAUAAAUUUUAUUAUUCUCGUAUAAAUAAACUUGUCCGUGUCCACAUGUCCGCGUUUUUCACCUAACCGAGAUAAAAUGAUAUGAGACUAUUUCCGAGCUUCACAGAUUUUGGACGUCAAUUUCCGCGAUCUUGGCUUUUCUCAUAGGGCAGAAUGACUGAAGUUCUCGCUUCAGAUACAUAUAUAGAGCUCCCAUACACAUUGAUAACAAUUUUUUUUAAUAUGGCUAUAUGUUGAAUUUAUAUUGAUACUUUCGGGCCACUGAAUAGGCAAUUCCAGCUUUUAGUUCAUGCCUGCAGGGGAUGAUGGGAAGUAAGGUAUCAUAUUGCUGAUUAUGCUGAAAAAUUUCAAUAAAAACUACCGAAGCAACCGAAAUAUUUCAAUAUUUACAAGUGUAAGCUAUCACUCGGCCACCAUUUUUAUUUUUUCAGCAUAAUCAGCAAUGUGAUACCUUACUUCCCAUCGUCCCCUGUACGCAUAAACUAAAAGCUGGAAUUGCCUAUUGUGUUGCAAUGAAUUGAAAUCGAAAAUAUAUUGUAAAUCUAAAAUGUAUUUUAUAAACUUAUUAUGUACAGUACAGUACAAUAUCGGUAAUAUCGGCAACAAAAAUGCCGAUAUUUGAGUUUACGGCCGAUAUGGUUGAAAAAUUAUUGUUACAGCUUUGUCACACAGUUAUUCAGCUAUCAUUUAAAGCCCAGUUGUCGAGAAAAAGACCUUGCUCACUUGCCGUGGCAUUUUAGCCAAUUGUUACAACCAACUUUCUACUUCAUUUAUUUACUUUUUCUUCAUUUUAUUGGAUAUGUUUUUAAAUGAACAAGACAACAUUAGUCAUUAUCUAAAGACGUACUUGGUGGUACAGUCGUUAGAGCAAGCACCUUUCACCUUUGAGAUCGUGGGUUCGAUUCUCGCUACGGACUCAUGUGAAAACGUCAGUCAACGCUCUGCUGAAAGUCGUACGUUUUCUCCGAGUGCUCCAGUUUCCUCCCACAGGAAAAAUUGACAGGGUGGGUUAGGAUAAACAUAAACAGAGUUAAGAAAGUAAUAUCACAAUUUCUGUAAAUAUAAAAUAGUCUAGGCUAAGAGCCUAAGUAUGUAAUAAAAAUAGUACAUCUGUAUAUUACAUACGGGUAUAAGAGUACAGUAUAAUACUUUAUGUAAAGUAUGUAGAUAUUUGAUCAUAUCCGUCCACAUUUACAGUAAUCUUAACCUUACCUUCACUAAUCUAUUUCUCGUUUCUUCUAACACCACUCGAAUUUUUAAAGUCUUGACCUACUUAAGGUGAUAUACAUUUUUGAUUUCAGGCUACACAAAGAACCUUUAAGACAUUUGCUUUAUUUUGCCAUGGCUUGCUUGCUGGUAAGUGUAUUUCAUAGUAAAGUUUCGUAUGACAUGUUUGAUUCGUUCGUCUUUAUAUAGUCAACUUUACCAAGCUCUUGAACCAGUGUACUUGUGAUGGAGAAAAUUCCAAAGUACAAAUUCUGCUUGUUUGGAUGGGUCAAAAAGGACAAUUUGACAAAGUAAUUCGAGCAAUUAGCCUUUCUCACGACGACGAAUAUCCGCCAUUUUUGUGUGGCAUCUAAUUGUCGUUAACCAAUGCAGACAAUUAAAACAAUGUGAAAAGCAAUUUUCCAAAAUAAACUAACCAUUUACAAAGCAAAUUUACCAUCAUUCGUCCAAAACAUUAUAAAAAGUCGCUGUUAUGUGGACUUAUCUCACAGAUUUCGGCCGAAAAGCCACCCAAGAAUGGCGGCGUGAGAAAGGCUAAUUGGAUGCGGUUGUACGGACAGGCGGACAGCGAUAUAUUAUAACUGUAGUAUAGCUAUUGUGGCGGCCAGAUCUUACAAAACUUGCUCUACGUGUACACUGACAAUUUAAUUGACAAAGAAAACUUCCAUAUGAAAACGUGACUCUGCAAACGACCAAAUUGCAAUAAAUCAUAUUACUGUAUGUCUGUGAUCUAUCGACCAAGUCGCAAGCGUCAUGAUUUAAUACGCUGCAUCACGUCAUCUUAGGGACAAAAUUGAGCUAAGUAGUAUCGGCCAUUAUGCGGUUAAUUUGACCCCUGAGUUGUGAACAAAUGCAGCCGGAGCUGGAUAUUUGAGCCCUAAAGCAGCCGGUGUCACGCGAAAUUCCUGACUUGCUAGAUACAUGAUUAUCGUAGUUCUGCACAUGCGCAAAUGAUGCGCAUAAUUUACAUCUCCUCACAAAUUUCGCAACUGCCUACUACAACAAAAAUGUGUUUCUUCGAAGACGAUUUUCCAAACUGUUUUUCAGUAUUUUUCCGAAUAGAUGUAAAUUUUACUAUAGUACAGUAUCUGUUACUGGCUGUGCUGGAUUCAGAGAUCUUUCUGAAUGCCCGGGGCAAAUUUUCCCUGGGGGCCCCAUCACAUCAUUAUUUUUAAGCUAGACCCAACUAGACCUUAACUAGACUGCAUGUGGAGGUACUGUAAGGGGCCCUCAAUUUCAAAAAAUAGGUACGCUGUAGCGUACAUGGCGUCUACUGGAUCAAAAACAAAGAAUGUCAAUGCCGUCCGGUUUAUAUUUACAUUUUCGACUUUGGAGUGGGGAAGAUUAAAAUAUCUCGGCAAGUAUUUACCCGCCCUUUAAAACGAAAACCACCGUUGCAAUCCUCAUAAUAUAACCUUUCGAACGGUGGGUCAAAUGCCGUCAUAACAUUACACAAACCAAAACAAUCGUACAUUUACUCACCGGUUGGCCAAACAUUCUGUACUUCAUAUGGAGAAAAAAUUGAAUACCUUCUGAACUUUUCAGUCUAAGUCAAUAGGAGCGAAAUACUCCUUGUAUUCAAGCGCUUUCGUGUAUCGGGUUGUUACUUGCACGCGCGUGCCACACGCUAAAAUUGGCCAAUAAUGAGCACCCCUAGCCCCGAUGCACGUGCAAAUCACGCUACAUGAAGGGGUAAUUUGACCUUUAGAAUUUCCGAAGUUUCCCGAGUGUCAGGAUGUAAACAUCGCAUUGUUUCAAUAUGUCAAGCUGUAUUUCCGGUCGAGGCUUUCGCGUAAAAUUUAGAUAUUCUGAAAUACCGAAAUAAAAACUUGAAAAUAACACUCUAAAUAGUGUCUUGGAUUGUGAUUCGAACAAGAACAUUAAGAAAAAGAUAGGUUGAAAAGGGCCAAAGUUAUAUUAGGCGAAAGGUAUGGCUUAGUGAUACAUUGUCGUACAUUGUUUACAUUGUUCGAGUAUAUUGUAUAUAGGUAUGGAUGGCUAGUUUACAUUGUUCGAGUAUGGCUAGUUUAUAUUUUAUGGCUAUUUUACAUUGUUCGAGUAUAUAGUAUCUUUCAAGUGGAAUUUUUUGGUGGUAUUUUCGUACUUCUACUGCAAAUACUCGCGGAGUUCUUUAUAACGUCGGAAAUCUCAAGGUCGGACGGCAUUGAUAAAACCAUUUAUCGUAAACAGUUCGCCCAGAACUAUUAUUAGCCCACUGGCUAGGAACAUGACGACCGAAGAGGGUUUUGGGUGGUAGCAGAAGUGAAGAUCCUGAGUGUCAGGUUCAUGACAACUACUUUGCGCAACCUCGUGCCCAGGGAUUGUGCAUUGCGAUGCAUCAAUCAUUCAUCAGUAAUGUAAUUGAACUGGUUUUAUUUCUCGUAGGUUUUGCUCUAUGUCAGUGUUUAUUUGUCUACUCGUUGUCCAGUCAUUCUGGUGGUGCAGAGAAUUUUCUAUCAAACUAUUACAGAUUGGCACAACCUAUAGGAUCUGUGUAUUACUUCAUGUUAGCUGUGUGUACCGUCUCUGUUUUGGAUAGGUAAUGUAAAACCUGUUUUUCUAUAAUUAUAAAUUGGUAAACUAGAAAACGUUUGCCCUUUUUUCUAACGUGUAGCCGGCUGAUGUAAAUUUCCCAAUUUUCGCUGACUAACCGCAUGCAAUUGAGCAAAAUUUGUUCUUUGUCAAUUUUGCAAUGACAAGUGCACUUUCUCAAAAGCUCGCAUUACUAACACUUAUUCCAAAGGUCUGAGGGGUAUACGAGAUUUACACCUCUCAGCCUGGAGACAGGCUUCCCUCGAAGCCUGGCUCCAGGCUGAGAGGGGUAAAUCUCGUCUACCCCGACAGACCUUUGGAACAAGAAUUUUGUCUAUCACCUCACAGUGCACAGAACCAAAACUUCACCAACAAGUUCUUCUCGUCACUGAAAGUAAUCCAUUCUUCAUAGUUUUCUAUGUGGCAAGCCUUCAAAUACGCCUCAAACUUUCUCUUUGCAUUGUUCUCACUUUUUAUGGUGUUUUUGUUAAUUAAGCAAAUGUUGUUUUUUCCAUGCAAAUUAUAUUUACACUGAGAUUGUUUGACGCCAUUUUGAAAAAAAUACCCGCGAAACAAAGUCGUAUCCUUUUGGAGCUGUGGUAGCCAAUGAACGUCAUUCGGGACGUCAUUCAUUUUACACAUAAACUGUACGUUACGCGAGAUUCUUAAGAAACCAUUAUAUCCUUAUCUGCAUGUCAUUUGAGAUUAUCGCCUGUAUUCUAAAAGCUCACUCGCACUCACAUUCAAAGAGUGGAGGUUCAACCUGAGCUUCCCUUAAAUAGCUGGAGGGUGAGUAGUUACAUAUUAAGGUACAAGACUAACUCUCCAACUGUUCAAAAACAGCACUGAUACUUAACGGAAGCUCAGAUUGAACCUCCACUCUUUGAAUGCGAGUGUGAGUGAGCUUUUAGAAUACAGGCGUAUGAACUGCUGUUCAAUGUUCAAAUUUGGCGUAAUGUACGGCCAAGUUUUCCAUUGCUUUUGCGCACUUUUGAGGAACAUUUGAAAAAGGCAAAUUCAAGAUCCGAGGGACAUUACACACUUUUUCCAGGCCUGCAAUGGACAUAACACGUUCCUAUAAUUUUGUUUUCUGUAUUUUAUAGUUAUGGCAUGGUGAAGACAAAGCUAGGUUUUUGUCAUCAAAUUUUAUCUAAUCCAUUGUGGACAUUGUCACUUAUCGGUAAAUAUGAAUUAUUGUUUUGUUGAUAUAACUAGUGUAAAACUGAUAUGCAAUUAAUGUAUUGAUUCUUUGAUUUAUCACUGCCAUGUAAUCGUUGUAUUAUUGAAACAUAAGGGACGUUUUAUUAAUAUGUUGUGAGCCAACUGGAAAUGAAAAUAAUUUGAAAUACUUGUAAAUCGAGUUUCGAGCUUAUAGUGAACUGUAGUUAGCAGAAUGAAAGUUUCCCUUUAGCCCUGUUGUGACGUCAUGCAUAUUGAACCAAGAUGGCGGCCUCCAUGGAUUUUUUUUCGUAAUAUUUCGAAAACUAAGCACGAUACGAAGAGAAACUUAUUACCAUUUCCCUUUGUUACUAAGAAACAGAUCAUUUCCUUUUGAAUGGCAUAAUUUCCUUGGCAAAAUUUCCUUAUUGUAUUUUGGGUACAAUUGUCUAGUUUGGCGGUCACUUUUAUUGUUGUGUCGGGACGGCAAAUUAAAGCCUGGCAAUUAGCAUGCAGUUAAUUUUUAAAAGGACCAACCAGUAGCUAUACGGUUAGAACAUAGGAUUAAAAUUUAAUCUAAGACAUGGCGUUUCGAUUUCUUUUAGUCUAUGUUUUGGCAUUGAUAUUCACAUUGAGCGUGGCGAUGAUUGAUGAUAGAAUUAGUCUAUAUAGCAUUGAUCCUUCUCUCUGGUAAGUGCCAUAUUUCACGCAUGCUCGAUUUUU